AUGCCUGCCGGUGGAUUCGUCGUCGGAGAUGGCCAAAAGGCUUAUCCCGGCAAACUCACUCCCUUUGUUCUCUUCACUUGCGUCGUCGCUGCCAUGGGUGGUCUCAUCUUUGGAUACGAUAUAGGAAUUUCCGGUAAGUAUUCACUCUUUCUCAUAUUUUACAUUUCCACCCCACAACUAUCUAUCUAG